GAUUGUAAUGAGAAAUUUAAGUGUAAAUCAAAUCUAAUUGGACAUAAAAAUAGAGUCCAUUUUAUUAAAGAAUUUAUUUGUGAAGUCAAUGAAUGCCACAAAGUUUUUAAAGCAAAAUGUUAUUUAAAUGCACACAAACGUAUUGUUCACUCAAAUAAUACCAAAUAUUUACACUGUUUUUGGCCUAAAUGUGAAUUUAAGACAUAUACGAAAUCAAUGUUAAAAAGACAUCAAUUCAUUCAUUCAGAAAUAAAACAAUUUAAAUGCAAUUUUAAUAAUUGUAACAAAAGUUAUAAACUUAAAGGCGAUCUUCAGAAACAUAUGAAUAGCAAUCAUUUAAAUCAAUAUGAAUGCCACAAAAGUUUUUCCGAAAAAUCUAAUUUAUUUCGACACAAAAGUUGUGUUCAUUUGAAUGAAAAAAAAUUCAAAUGUAAUGAAGAAAAUUGUGGCAAAAGUUUUUUGUCAAUUCAUUAUCUCAUUCAACACCAGAGCCGUCAUUCAAGUGAUAAACCAUUUGUUUGUGAUAUUAAUAAUUGUAACAAAAGUUAUAAACGGAAAUGUUAUCUCACAGAACACAUGAAAACUCAUAAAUUU